UUCUAUUUCUUUUAGCACUCUGUUUCCCAUUUCUUAUUCUUACACUUCUUUUCAGUACUUGAGAGUUCUAAUUAAGCAAAGACAUGGCCACAGCUUCCCCAAUGGCCAGCCAGCUCAAGUCCAAUUUCACCUCACCAAUUCAUAGAGCUUUGGUCUCACCGAAAGGCCUCUCUGCAUCUCCCCUCAAAGUCUUGCCUUCCAGGCCGAGACUCCAUUCCUUCACCAUCAAAGCUGUCCAGUCUGAAAAGCCAACUUUCCAAGUUAUUCAGCCCAUCAACGGUGACCCAUUCAUUGGAAGCCUAGAGACUCCAGUGACAUCGAGCCCGUUGAUUGCUUGGUAUCUCUCAAACCUUCCGGCAUAUCGGACGGCAGUUAGCCCACUUCUGAGGGGCAUUGAGGUAGGGCUAGCCCAUGGAUUCCUCCUUGUUGGACCAUUCGUCAAGACUGGACCUCUGAGGAACACCCCUUAUGCUGGAGCAGCCGGGUCUCUGGGUGCUGCUGGCCUUGUUGUUAUUCUUAGCAUAUGCUUGACAAUGUAUGGCAUUGCCUCCUUCAAUGAGGGAGAACCAUCCACUGCCCCCGGACUCACACUAACCGGACGGAAGAAGCAGCCCGACCAGCUGCAAACUGCCGACGGAUGGGCCAAGUUCAGCGGUGGGUUCUUCUUCGGUGGGAUUUCCGGUGUCACUUGGGCCUACUUCCUUCUAUAUGUCUUGGACCUUCCUUACUACUUCAAGUGAUUUUUCCUAUGGUCCCUCAACAUGCAUCAUGGUCUUAAUUGGGAAGCAAAUGUAAAAUUGUAUACUAAGUGACCAACAUUGUUGUAUUUUAAAUUUGGACUUCCCUCAUUGUGAACUUGUAUAUUUGAAUUUUCAUCGCAUUCUCAAUUAAUUUUGCAUGAAAUUUCAACUUCGCA